AUGAAGGCGACUCGUGCGAGCGAUUCACAGAAUAUAGCCAUUGCUCGUGCUCGUCUCAACAACCGUCACAUCGAGUAUGAGCUUUUCAGGGCCAUUUUGUCAGACGACAUCCACUUGAAGGAGCCAGAGAUCGCUGGUGUGAAGCAGAGCACAGAGAGGUCCAACAGUGCUACACAAUCACAAGAGUCUGCCAAGCACACAGAGCCUGCUGCCACCCAAGACGACGAGUCCCCCGCCACGAACAACUACACAGACGUGCCCUCCACUCCCCAAUUCACAGGAGAGCUCCUAGACGUGGCCAUAGAUGACUACGUCUCUAUACAUGAACUCUACUUAGUAAAUGGUCCUGAGGUCCCCGAGGACGAGCAGACCCAUGUGGUGAUCAUCCACGGGUAUAUGGCAGCCAUUGGCUUCUUUAUCAAGAACAUUGAGUCGAUCUUGAAGUCCAAACGAGGCAUCAGACUCCAUCUUAUCGAUUUGCCCGGGUUUGGAAACUCCUCGAGGCCCAAGUUUCCCCAGCACUUCUUGACAGACCCAGCCACCGUACCCCAGAAGAUCACCCAGAUUUUGGAAAUCGAGAACUGGUUCAUUGACCGGCUCGAGCUCUGGCGUAAGAAGCGCCACAUCCGCCACUUCAAGCUUAUUGCCCACUCCAUGGGAGCAUACCUCUCGAGCUGCUACUUGAUGAAAUACAACAAGGACAACCUUGUCCUGGAAUUCAUGCUUGUCAGUCCCAUGGGUACCGAGUCCAGCGACGUCAGCUUGCUUAACAAUAAGAAGUUCCAGUUCAACCACCACGAGGUCGGAGGAGACCCCUUCCAAGAGUUGCAUUUCCAGGACGAAAACGACAACCUCUUGAUCAACAAGGACAUCGAGAAGCUCUGGCAAAGGUUGGGCAGACCGAGAUUCCCCAAGAACUUGGUUUUGAAGAAGAUAUGGCAGUAUCACAAGUCACCGUUCCAGAUAGCACAGUAUUUCGGUCCAUUGUACUCCAAAAUCCUCUCAGUGUGGUCGUUUCUGCGGUUCAAGAACGUUAAGACAAAUGAGGACGAGGAGAUCAUUGGUACGAGCAUCAAACCUGGCUCCUCGUCGGCAAUAUCUUCCACCGAUUUGAUCUUGAAGCUACACAAUUAUUCGUAUUCCAUCUUUAACCAAUACCAGGGCUCGGGAGAGUUAGCCAUCACCAAGUUUAUCAACCACAGGAUUUUGCCUAGGCUCCCGCUCUGCGACAGAGGGUUUAUUGAUUACUUGAGCAAGUCAAAGGUUCGGACACUUUGGUUGUAUGGCGAUAGAGACUGGAUGAACCACAAGGGCGGUGAAUACAUCUGGGAGCAAUUGAACGAAUUGGACCCUAACUUAUCGGAUUAUCAGAUUAUACAGAAUGCUGGGCAUCACAUAUACCUUGAUAAUCCUGUUGAGUUCAAUGAGCUGGCUAUCAAGUUUUUUGACUUGAAGUAA